UUCGUCCGUUUGCCGGAGGACGCUCAGUUUCCCUCGUAGGAAGUUCCAAUAGAAACGAUAAGAUGAAUAAGAAAAAAUUAAACAUGUUGACUUUUUCGUUAAGUUAUACUCAAUGUCGAACAAGUAAUGAACAGGAAUCUAGGGAGCACAAUGUUUUAUAGACAGGUAGAAGGGAAAGGAAAUAAAGAGUUCAAUAGUCACAAGUCGAUAAGAAGAUUCGCGUUUCAAAAAGAAUGUGGAAACUGAUAUUAAUACAGUCUGGACACUAUCAUAUCUACACUACGCUAUGCGAGAAUAUAUUACGUUAGUCUCAACAAUUAAAAAUAGAUUUCUAUUAUAGGAUUCAAUUAUUGAUAUGUUCAUGAGGAAGAUAAAACGAGUCAUGAUAAUUAUCGCAAUAAUAUUCAUACCAAAAUCACAAUCAAUAAUAGGAUAUGAUUGUAAAGUAAAUAAUCUGAAUAUCACAACAGUCUCAUUAUUACAAGUUGGAACAUGUGAUUUACCAAUUAACAAACCAAUUGUGGAAAACGUCGAAAUACAGCUGUUACAACUAACAGAUUUUAUGUCAACGGAAGUAUUGCAAUGUAAAAUCGAAAUUGAUCGAACAAUUUAUUACUGCGGAAUGUAUUCGCAUAUUUCGGUCGUGAACAAUGGGAGAAGAGAAUAUAUUCAAGAAACAACUAAAGAGCAAUGUCAAAAAAUUCAUAAUACAAGAACCAUACAAAUGACGCUAGGAAACAUUAUUGUUGGAUUACCAAUGAAUGCUACAUCAGAUUAUCCAAUACCUCUUGCAGGGAAAAUAGGAAAUGAUGGAAGUUGUAAAGGAGUACAGUAUUCAGAUCCUUAUGGCUCAUGGUCAGAUGUAAUUGUUCAAGCAAAUGUCAAAAUUUCAGUAUACAAUUUUAACGCAGUAGUUCAUUUAAACGAAAAUCGAAUCAGCAUGCCUUCACCCUCACAUAUACAGGAAAACAACUCAGCAAUUAAAAGAACAUCCAAAGCUGUUCAUUCUAGAAACCAGGAAGGAUGGAACUUUUGCAAGAAAGGGACCACUAGACACGAAUAA